AUGGCGUCUUCCCUGCUAGAGGACGAAGCCCACUAUGGCUCCCGGCCUCUGGCCAUGUUGACGGCGGCCUGCGGCAACUUCGGCAGCUCCAGCCCCCUCCGGGACUCGGCCACGCCGACCAAGCCGGGCCCCAAGAAGGCCUACCCGCCGGGCGGCGAGCUCGCCCCGCCGCGGGCCAUGGGCGACCCCUACCCCGGCCCCUUCGCGGGCGCCAACGGGCUCCUGUCGCCCCCCGGCAGCCCCCCGGCCCCCGCGGCCGGCUACGGCGGGGACUACGGCCCCUUCGCCCACUCGUUCGCCGGGCCCGCGGGGCCCCAGGACGGCGGGCUGCUGGUGCCCAAGGCCCACGGCUCCCCCGACGGGCUCCCGGGCGUCUACACCUCCCUGGACAUGGCGGCCCACCCCUACGGCUCCUGGUACAAGGCGGGCAUCCACGCGGGGCUCUCCCCGGGCCCGGCCGGCGCCCCUCCGGCCUCCUGGUGGGACGUGCACGCCGGAGGCGGCUGGCUGGGCCCGGGCCAGGCCCAGGCCCAGGGCGACGGGCUGCAGGGGACCCCGGCCCAGCCCGCCCUCAACCCCCAGCUGCCGGCCUACGGGCCCGCUGACUUCGCCCCGCUCAACCCGGGCCCCUACCCGGGGCUGGGGUCCCCGCCCCCGCCCCCGCCGCCUCCUCCGCUGGGGGGUAGUCAGCACGUCCUGACCCAGGACAUGUACAAACCCAAGGCGGUGGGCAACGGGGGCACGCUGGAGGGCGCGGGGCUGAAGUCGGCCCGGGGAGGCGGCGGAGGAGCGGGAGGAGGAGGAGGAGGAGGAGGAGGAGGUGGGGGCUACGGGGCGGGCGGGGGCGCGUCCGGCCGGUCCACCUGCGACUGCCCCAACUGCCAGGAGCUGGAGCGGCUGGGGGCGGGGGCGGCGGGCCUGCGCAAGAAGCCCAUCCACAGCUGCCACAUCCCGGGCUGCGGGAAGGUCUACGGCAAGGCCUCGCACCUGAAGGCCCACCUCCGCUGGCACACGGGCGAACGCCCCUUCGUCUGCAACUGGCUGUUCUGCGGCAAGCGCUUCACCCGCUCCGACGAGCUGGAGCGCCACGUGCGGACCCACACGAGGGAGAAGAAGUUCACCUGCCUCCUCUGCUCCAAGCGCUUCACCCGCAGCGACCACCUCAGCAAGCACCAGCGCACGCACGCCGAGACCCCCGCCCCAGCCCCCGCAGAGCCCGCGGAGCCCGCACAGCCCCGCGGGGCCGGGGACCGAGACGCCCCCGUGUCUCCCCACUGA